AUGCCAUCAACCCCAACCUUUACAGCUUUCAACAGCACUGCAUACGAUACCCCAAGGAAUCCUCUGAGUGCCGCAGCUCGUAGCUCUUCUGUACCCACAACGCCUGGUCAGGUUCACAUCCAUCAUUCUGUCCCGCCUAAUAGUAUUAGUAGCAACAGGAGCAGUGCUACUGGUCUCUCCGUUGCUGCUCCAGAGAAAGAGACCUACACAUUAUCGGAUCGCACAUCCAUUCUUGUCCAGACCACGGGUCAGGUCCCUCCCUCUUUAAUCGGAUCAGCAUCAGUUAUAUAUAAUGGACACAUGUACCUCUUUGGUGGCCGGCCAAUCGGCAAGGAUCCCACCAAUGAUCUCUAUGUCCUUAACCUGGACACGCUGGUAUGGACCCUCAUGGAUCAGCAGCGACAGCAGUCCCUACAUAGACAGCGGAUGAUUGAUCGGUCAGAUGAUUCUGAAGGUGAUGAUCAGCAACAAUCACCUCCAUCCGAAGAUCGAAUGCAAACACCACACGUUCAACUAUCGGAAGAUCCAUCGCCUGAGCUAAAUACUAUAGAUUCGUCCUCAUCUAUACCUUCGCCACGAUAUUGCCAUUCAGCCGUCCUAGUGGUGGCACCACCACUCCUCGACAUUAAUGGAUCGCUCAUAGGAUGGGGUGGAGAGGAUACAGCUCAUAUGAUUAUUUUUGGCGGUCGCUGUCUCAGUAAAAAUAGUGACGAGACCAAAGAUAACGCCAUUAACGACUCGGAGACGUGCCUUAAUGAUACACAUAUCCUAGAUCUCAACACACUGCAAUGGAUCCCAUCGAGUCUCAGUUCAGGCUUCAAUAGCCCUUCCUCUACAAAUUUAGCCAUCUCCACUGAUACAGAGGAAAGUCAACGUCAAAAACAGAGUCGUGAGAAUUCGAGGCGAGGAUCAAUGGAUCAACUCAGUUUUGUCUCUGAUGAUGUAUUCUCAGAAUCGUUCAUCCAUCUUCGGUCACAGGAGGACCAAUCUCCAACUAAUCGAUCUAGACAACAUGACCCAUAUCGUCACUAUACACCAGCAGCUCGCUUCGCACACGUCGCUUCGCUGACAGGCGAUCGUAUGGUUAUUGUAGGUGGACGUGGAUCCAAUAACGAACAGUUACAGGAUAUUUGUGUUCUAGACCUCAAGACCCAUAUCUGGAUGGCGGGCGGCGAAUUUCAAGGACAACCCUCAUAUGGCCGUUCGGCUUUGGCCAGUGUCGAAGAGCGACCGAUGACACGAAGAAGACGGCGUUAUCUAGAGUGUCUUGCAGCCGAGAGCAUGUCUCUGCAGUCCCGUCCAUCAUCGACUGUGUCAUCAUCAAGCUCUCUUACUCAUCAGAGUCUCUCGGCAUCUGGACCAUCACCCUAUGGACAACUAUCCACCACUCCUGUCUCACCAUCAGCUAUGUUGAAUCCAUUGUUGAACCCACGGAAGAAUUCAUGGCACCGCGGAGAAGCUUUAGAUUUAGGGUCAGGAAUGUUGGGGGGACCUGACGGCCUUGUCCCCCCCAAGAUGCUUUUCCCUGUGGCUCAGAUUGUGGAUCAUUACUUUUUGCUUUCUGGUGCGUCGAUUGAGGAGGAUGGACAUACGAAAUCACAAGAGCAGGCAUCUAGUAGCGCCCCCACAAGCAAUGUUUCUGGUCGACAUUUUACAGGGUCUUCAACCUCAUUGCCCUCCUCCUCUCGACGACACACAUUCUCAGUCUGGAUGCAUCAUUUCCACAAUCAUCAAUGGACUCAGUUAGAGCUGUCAAAGAAUCUACGUACUGGGGAAUGGAGUCAUUCUGUUCUGGAUCGUCAGAAUAACUACCUAUACAUUUUCGGACGUAGGACAUCGGACUCUAAUGAGGAAGAGUCUUACAUUAAAGCACCAAGAGUAGAUGAUACCGACCCUGAAACAGAUUUUUCAUCGUCUGCAACCGUUGCAUCUUAUUCACACUUGAUUAAGGUUGAUCUGGAAGGGUUGGAGAUCUGUCCAGAUGUGGAUGAAUCAUCCAUCGGGCCUAGUGGAGUGAAAAUGGGGCUGGAGAUGCUAAGGGACGGAGUUGGAGCUGAUGUUGUCCUUGUAAGUUCUGCGGAUGGAGGCCGUGUACGAGUCAACUCUGGGAUUGUAGGUCAACGCUGGGGAUAUUUUCAAGCGUUGAUGGAGGAAAGAGAAAGGAUCUGGAAGAUGGAAGUCAACGAAAGACUUGCGAAGAAAGCUUCAGAAGCAGCAGAUCCUCCAGGUGAUCAAGACAACUUGACCUCGAAACAGUGGUACCUUGACGACCGACCUGCAGAGAUCCUCGUUCGUGAAUCAACCCCUCUGUUGGUCGGAUUCCUCCAAUAUCUUUAUACAAACGAGCUGUCAACACCUCAUCAACUGAAGCUCAAGACACUUCAAGGACUUUUGCUUAUUGCUCAUUUCUACGACCUUACACGACUGCAGCAACUUGUACGCCAGGCACUUUAUCAACAACUCAACGCUAAUAAUGCGCCCGCUAUUUGUGAAAUUGCUGUGUUGACUCACGAAUUUGGCCUCCAAACGCGGGCAUUAAGGACAAUAUUACAGAGUGCGCGAUUAGUACAAUUGAGACGACAAGGCGAAGCAGCGGAGGCAAAGCGACGGCUUGACUUUGCAAUGUCACGAUUAGAGGAGAUCGAAGAGGAUCGUAAACGGAAAGCAUCUAUGCAUGCGAGUCAACUUUUGCUACAACAGAGUCAAGCAAUGCAUCAUCACGGUUCUAAUAAUCCGAGCUCCAUGACAGGUGGUAGUUCCAUCUCGAUGCUGCGAGGUGGUUCAGCAGUGUCUUCGGCUGCUGGAUCUGGGACAUCGACGCCAGGAUUGAGUACCAUUGGUCGAUUCUUCAGACAUCGUGAAGAGUCAAGCGAAUCAAUAGGACCAGUGUUUUCUCUUCAUCUAUCCAUCAUUGUCAUCAUGCAACCAUAG